CAUAAAUAAAGUAAAGGUUGAAGAUUUAUUUAGACGUGUAAAUAUACGAUUUGAUUCUAAUAUUCAUAUGGCUGCGUACAAUUCAAAUUUUGUUAAUUUAUAUUCCGUUUACGAUCCUGGUUUAGAUUCGGACAUAAAGGUGACAGAAAUUGGUAAUUUCACAGAUAAAUGUUUCGUCAAAGAACAUGAAAAAUUUUAUGAGUCUCGAAAGAAUUUAAGUGGUACCUUGAUGCGAUCUGGGAAUGUCUUAACUGAGGGAUAUUUUGGUGAGUUAGAGACUUACUUGCAAGAUUUGAGGUAUAAAGAGAAAAGUACAUUCAGCAAACUUCACUAUAACUUAUUCUUGGUUUUCAUAGAAAUUCAUGAAUUCAAUCACACUAUGCAAUUGACCACUGUUUGGUUUGGCAACACCACUACUGGUAUCGACGGUGGUAUCGCCAAAUGGUUGCAUGAAGAGACAAUAGAUAUUACCAGCACUGGGGCAAAUUUAAGAACGGAGAGAAUUGAUAUAAUGGACUUCUUUAUGACCACUUAUAAAUUUAGGGCGUGCUUUGUUUUCCGUAACCCCGGAUGGUACGAAAAGUGGUCGAAUGAAAUAUUUAAGCCACUAAGCAAAGACAGUUGGGCUGCCACUACUGCGGCACUGAUUGUUACAUGCGCGUCACUGAAAUUUGUAGCAUUUUUGGAAAAUCGAAUAUUUACGUCGAUAGAUUCAGAAUCAUGGUCGGGUCUAUUACUUAGUAUUUUAUCUAUUAUCACACAACAGGGUGCUUUUGAUUGCCCGAAUCAAAUAGCGGGCAGAAUAAUAUUUAUUAACUUGUGCAUCUUGUCGAUAAUCUUGUACAACUUUUACACGUCGAGUAUCGUUUCGAUCCUAUUAAACAAAUCACCAGACAUGAUUGAAACUUUGGACCAGCUGGCCGCUAGUAAAAUGGAUAUGGCAGCAGAAAAUUCACCGUAUUUCGUAACCUACGUUCAACUAGCCGAUGAACACACCAUAAUUACCCUCAACAAAACUAACAUUUAUCGCAAUGAGCACGAAUUCAACUUUUACCCUUUGGAAGAGGGAAUUGAGAAAGUAAGGCAUGGUCAUUUUGCAUAUCACGUUCUUCUGUCGUCUGCUUUUCCCAUAAUUGUGAAAACUUUCGACCAGAAGGAGCUUUGCGAUUUGACUGAAAUUGAUUUCGUGCCGAGGGGCGACGUAUCUUUCUUGGCUCCGAAAAAUUCACAAUAUCAGGAAUUGUUUCAAACAAGUUUGAGAUUCAUGGCUGAAUAUGGCAUUGUCCGCAGGUUGCAGACACAGUGGCAAACCGCGAAACCACCCUGUAUAUCCAAUAUUAGAACACUGGAGGUCGGAUCGGAUCAAGUUUUCGUCGCUUUUUUUCUGUUAUGUAUGGGAAUGUGUUGGUCCCUUAUAAUUUUAUGCAUAGAGAUUAAAUACCACCAUUAUAAACUUAGGAAUUAUUAAAAAUAUAUUAUGAAAAGAGAACACAAUAUAGAAGGUGAACCAUUUAAAAGGUAGCAGGAUGUCGUCAAACUGCAUGGUAUUUCAAAGCUCCAUAAUUUUCUAAACGAAUGGAUGGAUUUUCGAAAACUAAGCAACAAGGUAUAGGGAAUUGGAAGUCCUUUUUUAAUGAAGUAUCAUUAACCACUUGAUGUGGUUUUGCAUUUUACCCAAAAAGUUCUCUACCAGCCUGUAUGUCUCGUGAUACUUUUUAAAUGGGACAUACUGUAAUUGAAAAACUAGUUGUAA